AUGAUCUAUGGCGGUGAUUAUCGGCCGGACGACGAGCCACCGCCCGAAGCUGUCUUGGAGGAGAAACGCAUCGUGGAACAUCAGUUUCGGCGACCGUCACCGUCGCGAUGGUCGUCGUCGGCCGCUUCCACGUCCAUGCGGCCACCGGUGACGGCCAGACCGGGUACCAGCCGGUCGUUGAGGGCCAGGGCGACGGGCGGCUCACCCAGGAGGAGCUCUCAUCGGUCCUCGGCGUUCGGCAACCGCAGAUCAGCGACCGUCACGGACCGUGGCCGAACCGCAUCGAUGCCCGUAGUGCCAAUCGUCAAGGUAAGUGCCUUUAUCAUAAUGCAUGUCGUUGCAGGGUAUGAUAAGCAUAUAAAAGAUAUGAUAACUGAGCUAGAUAUAGACAUGCCGUAUGAUACCAUAAUAGAGAGGUAUGAAGUUGGCAGCCACGUAUCAAGAGGGUAAAUACAUGUAUUGUAUUGAUUUACCCAUGAAAUAUUUGUUUAUGUCAUGUAACAAAUAAUAAUUAAUAUUGGUUAUUAUCAUUUAACACGUAUUUGUAUUAGUGGUGGAAAAAUCCUGAUUUGCUGAAGUUCGAUAAUCUGGAUUUUUGGAAUCCGAAAUCAAAAAUGUAUUAA